AUGGAUUCACUAGAAGGUCCAAAACGGCAUGCAGGAUGUAUGAAAUUUCUUGGUGAAUAUUGGGCUCUUCUUAUUAAAAUGCUUCUCUUAACAAAGCGUAAACGUGGUCAAACUAUAGCAGAAUUUCUUCUUGCAUAUGUAUUUUUGGCUCUUCUACUUGGUAUGCGAUACCUUCUCGAUCGUAACUAUUAUCAAGCACGACAAAUAACACCAUUCCGUCCACAUGAUUCAAUGUUAAGUAAUAGUACGACUGCUAAUGUAACAUAUUAUUAUCCCUAUAGUCUAUGUACGGAUACAAUUGUAAGAAAUGCUGUUGAUAGUCUAACACAAAAUGUUCCCGGUUUUACUAGCAACGUUCAAGCAAUUUCGGAUCCAACCUUAUCAUCUUUAUCAAAUUCAACAUUGGAAACAAUUUUUGCAUAUAUUUAUUUUACUAAUAUUGAUGCAUCAUGUAAUAAUUCUGCUUUAAUACCAGAUCAAGUUCAAUAUACAUUACGAAUGCAAGAAAAUGGUUUAACAUAUUAUCGUGCUCAACAGGUUAAACUUUCUGAAAGUGAUUAUUUAUGGAAACGUUCACCAGAAGAUUAUUGUCAAGAUAAUAGAACAUCACUUAAUUAUACAACUCAAUUUUUAGGUGUUCAAUAUUUUAUUGAUUUAUCAAUUAUUCAAUAUGCAACAAAUAUUAAUCAGAGUAUAUCAAGUAUUUAUAUGUAUCAUUUUGGUUGUCCUGAAGUUUAUUUGGAUCAACUUCAUUCUGGUUUUAAUUUCUUUGUUCCAUUAUUUUAUUCUAUUAUCUAUGUCGUAACAUUUAUAUUGAAUGUUGGAUAUAUUGUCGAAGAACGUGCAAAUAAAACAAAGGAAUAUUUACGAAUCUUUGGUCUUCGUACAUGGGUAAAUAAUCUAGUUUGGCUAACACGAUCAAUGUUUAUUUAUUUCAUAUUAACUGGUGUUUCAACUGGAUUAAGUAAAGUUGUACUUCAAAGUUCAACUGGUCAAUGGAAUAGUGUUAGUAAAGCUAUUUUUAAUUAUACACAUUGGACAAUACUUUGGACAGUUUUAUUUGUUUAUUCAAUUCAAGUAUCGACAUUUGCUAUUUUUUUUGGACAAUUUUUUAAACGAACUUUAUUAGCAAAAUUAAUUGGUUUGACUAUUUGGAUUUUAACAUUUAUCGAUUAUUAUUCUCGUACACCACUUGCUGUUCGAUAUAUUCUAUGUUUAUUUCCAAAUAUUGGUCUUUUAUUUUGUCUACAAGUUAUGGAACAAUAUGAACGUCGAAGUAGUGGUAUGGUCACAUAUGGAGAACUCUAUUCAAAUAUAUUUGAAUAUCGAUUAUAUAUUGGUCUUUGUCUUUUACUUAUGUUAAUCUAUUCUAUUCUCUUUAUGUUUCUUGCUAUUUAUCUUGAACAUAUCAAUCCUGGUGAAUUUGGUAUUUCACAACCAUGGAAUUAUUUAUUUAAAAAAUCGUAUUGGAAAUCAUCAACAGUGCGACCAAUUGGUAUUGAAAAUAAUAAUUUUAGUAAAAUCAAUAAUAAUGGUAUAUCGAAUGAAAAUCAUUGGAUUGAAUUAAAUAGUAUUGAGAAUGACAAAAAACCAACAAUGACAAUAAAUCAUUUAACUAAAACAUUUGAAAAAUUUCAAGCUGUUUCAGAUCUUUCACUUAAUUUUUAUUCCGGUGAAGUAUGUACAUUAUUAGGACAUAAUGGUGCAGGAAAAACAACUACAACAUUUAUUCUUGUUGGAAUGUUGAAACCUACAUCUGGUCAUGUAACUAUACAAGGAAUGGAUAAUCAAAUACACAUUGAACAAGUUCGACAUUAUCUUGGUUUUUGUCCACAAUAUGACAUUCUUUAUAAUGAAUUAUCUGUUCAAGAACAUUUAGAAUUAAUUGGUCAAAUGCGUCAUAUGGAAAAACAAUCAAUCAAAGAAUCGAUUGAAACUAUUCUUAAUUUAAUUGGAUUAACUAAUGAUCGAAAAACAUUAUCAAAAAAUUUAUCAGGUGGAAUGAAACGUCGAUUAUCAAUUGGAAUAUCUUUAAUGAAUAAUCCAAAAGUUGUUAUUCUUGAUGAACCAACUAGUGGCAUUGAUCCUUAUAAUCGUCGUCUUAUUUGGACUAUUAUAAGAAAAUUAAAAUUAACAGGAAAAUGUGUAUUAUUAACAACACAUUUUCUUGAAGAAGCUGAUGUUUUAUCUGAUCGUAUAGCUAUUAUGAGUAGAGGUCGAUUACAAGCUAAUGGAACACCAGAUUUUCUUAAACAACAAACAGAUUGUGAAUAUCGAUUAUUAAUGGAUAAACAAGAACAAUAUUCUAGUGAUGGUAUUACACAAUUUAUACAACAACAUGUUGGUAAUAUUGUUUUAGAACGUGAAUCAGCUGCUGAACUUGUUUAUGGAAUAAAACGUGGUGAAUCAAAACAAAUUGAAAGAUUAAUUAAUGCACUUGAUCAAAAUAAAGAAACAAUUGGUAUUAAUUCUUAUGGUUUAUCAAUGACAACUAUUGAAGAUGUUUUUCUUCGAUUAGUUGAAGAAGAAAAUGAAAAUGAACAAACUCAACAUAAUACAAAACGUCAAUUAGAUGAUCAAAUUUUUCGUAAACAAUAUCAACGUAUUAAAGGUUGUCAUCUAUUUUGGACACGUGUAUGGGCAUUAUUAAUUAAACGAUGGCAUAUUUCUCGUCGACAGAUUAGUUUAUUUUUAGGCUUUUUUCUACUUUCAAUAAUAGCUGAAAUACUUUUUGUUUCUGCUGUACCAACACCAAGAGAAAUUCAAAGAUCACUUUCAAAUAAUCCACGUGUUGUUGAUGCUCAAGUAACAUUAAUUCCAUCGAUUUAUAAUCCACAAACAAUAGUUGCAUAUGCAAAUAAUAAUGCAAAUGAUAUUCAAACACGUCUUAUAAAUUAUUUAACAAGUACAGGCGCUACUAUUGAUAAUAUUUCUGAUGACAAUGUAUUUAAUUAUGUUAGAGAAAGAUAUUAUCAAUCUGCUGAUAUAUUUAUAAAUAAAUAUCAAUUAAGUUUUGCAGCAUAUAAUAAUGGAACAUCAUUAUCGCCAUCAUUAAGAAUGAAUGCUUAUUUUUCAACAGUUAAUUUUCAUACAAUGCCAACAAGUUUAGGUGUUGCAGCAACAAAUCUUUAUCAAUUUUAUGCUAAUUCAUCAUCAAAAAGUAUCGUUACAAUAAAUCAACCAAUAAUAACAUAUCCAAAAUCUGUAUCUUAUCUUGCUGAAGUUAUAUCUGUUAUUUAUUGUUUUGAAAUAUUUCCAAUAUCAUUAUUUAGUUUUUUAAAUAGUGUUAUAGCAACAAUAUUUAUCGGUAUACUUUUAUUACCAUUAAUAACAGAACGUAUAAGUCAUUCUAAAGAUCUUCAAUUAUUAACUAAUUUAAAAAAACGAAUAUAUUGGUUUUCAAAUUGGAUUUUUGAUUUUUCAUUAUGUUUAAUUCUUAUUUCACUUUUAACUAUUAUUGUUAAAAUUGGUGCUGUAGCAAAUCCAAAAAGUGAUGCUGAAGUUCGUGUGUAUCAAAAUUCAUCAGUAACAGGUUAUUUUUUCCUAAUGUUUCUAAUGUAUACAUUAGCAUCAUUACCAUUCGCCUAUGUAUUUUCAUUUAUUCCAAAUUCAUCAAUUAUGGGUUUUACAAAUUUUUUUAUUAUAAAUAUUAUUAUAUGUAUUAUUGAUUCAGUUACUAAUUCUUUUACUGCUUUCGUUAAAAAUGAUACACCAUCAGCAGGUCCUACCAAAGCCUAUACAAUAGUGUCUAUUAUUCGUUCAAUUUUUGCUAUUUUACUUCCAACAGUUAAUUUAAAACAGGCUCUUUCUAAUAUACAAUUACAUGAAACUAUCGAAUGUAUAUCUAUAUACAAUUCAUUAAUAGGUACUAAAUUAUCUGUAAAUGAUUCAUUAAUGUCAAUUAAUAGACCUGGUGUUGGUGCACAAUUUAUUAUAUUUUUUGUACAAAUUAUAUUUUGGUGGGUAAUUUUAACUGUGAUUGAAAGUCGUCGUAGAAUUCGACAAUGUUGUUGUUGUUGUGGAAAUGAUUCAUCAGAUGCAACGUCAAAAGACGAAUGGGAUGAUUCGGUGAGAAUUGUCAUUAUAUCUUCUACAGUCUGCUCAAUACUCGGGUUGAUCAUUUUGAAUAGGAUUGUCGAUACUGUUUUUUAGAGAUGGGAGAA